AUGCCACCAGCAAAGAAAAGAAAGACCGAAUCUAAGGCGGCUGCCGAUGAGGAAGUCAACCGCAAUACGGCAACAAAAUCUGUUCCCGCUGAAAACACCGAGGCGACAGAGACACCUGCAGCAACCGACGCCAGUUCAGUACCGACAGAGACAGCAACGCCCGCUUCAGCAACGGCCAACGAUGCUGCAUCCAAAGCACAAGAUCGCAUGGCCCGCUUCAAGGCCCUCAAAGCCCGCGCUAAGACCUCAUCUGACCAGAACUUCAAAGAAGCGACACUUGAAUCGCAGCGCCUCGCCACCGACCCGAGUCAACUAGUAGCCAUUCAUCGCAAACAAGCGAUUGCCUCUCAUAAGCUGCUGAAGGCAGAUAUCGAAGACGCUGGUGGCGAUUUCGAGCGCAAGCGCGCAUGGGACUGGACCGUCGAUGAGAGUGAGAAGUGGGAUAAACACAUUAAGAAGAAGGCGGCGCACCGUGACAACAACGCGUUCCAGGAUUACCGCGCCGAAAGCAACAAGAUUUACAAGCGGCAGCUCAGGAACAUCGCGCCAGAUAUGGAGAAGUACGAGAAGGACAAGAUGGCUGCUAUCGAGCGUGCGGCGGCCUCGGGCGGCCUCGACAUCGUCGAGACGGAGGAUGGAGAACUCAUUGCAGUGGAUAAGGACGGCUCUUUCUACUCGACGGCUGAUUCGACAACGUUUGCUCAAAACAAGCCGGACAAGGCCGCUAUUGAUCGACUCGUAGAUGACCUUAGGAGAGCAGAGGAGAACAGGUUGAAGAAGAGGAAGGACCGCAUGGCACAGAACGGUGACGAUGGCGAUGUCACAUACAUCAACGAAAAGAACAAGCAGUUCAACCAGAAGCUUGCUCGCUUCUAUAACAAGUACACUGCGGAGAUUAGGGACAGUUUUGAAAGAGGAACUAUGAUUUAA